UAUAGAUCUCUCUCUCCCUCACUCCCACUCGCUCCCCCUCUCUCCACCUUCCCAGUCCCUGAUUGGUUUUCAACCUGUGUGCCACCGACAGGCAAAUCUGUGAUACAGAGAUAUUGAGAAAGACAGAAGAGAAUGGGGAUAGGGUAAAGGAGACUAAGGCAAGCAUAGGAGUUCUAAAGAAUGAGCAGUACAACAGCCGCAGCUGAGUGAAGAGAAUACCUAUAGCCAGGAGACAGAGGCAACUAACCAACAUCCAUUGCAGCAAGGAGCACCUGUCCCUGCCUACCUGUGAGCUGUAACUGAAUACAGUACAGACAUGCAUGUGCUGACACACCUGUACAUAACUGUUCUAAAGCAGAAAUGAAGCUGCUACAGCCAUGCAGUAGCUGAAAAGAAUAACAAUAAGGUCCUCGAGAGAGAGUCAGAAACAUCCAAAAGAAAUUGAUACAUGCUGAAAAAAUACAUUUUAACAAGAAUGGUGCCACCAAUUUAAUGAGAAAACAAAGAGUAGUAAAGAAGUAUAAAAGAAACAAAAGAUAUCCUUUGCAUCUUACAGUACGCGGCUCUGGCUUCUGUUUCCUAAAGCAAUAAUUUGAAAUCAAGGAGAAAUCAUUUCCAGAAAAUACUGUGUUCUAUUUUAUGAAGAUAAACAUAAGGCUGAUACCAGAGACUCUUCACUCUGAUUUGUGAACUGUGGAAUAUCCUACAAAAUGUAAAACCUAACUCGAAUAUGAUUCAAAUCCACAUUUAAAGUGAGGCAGCAUGAAAUUUUUAGUUUAUGAGAAAGCAAAGCAAAGCAUAUCUACAGAAGAAUAGUUUCUGAAAUCAAGAGGCAACGUAAGUUGUUUAGUUUACCUCAAUAAUGACACCAACCUUUCCAACUACCCUGCUUGAGAGCUCCUACAAUGAGUUUAACGCAACCCUUAAUACCAAUAUUUCAUUUAAUCAGAAUGGAACCUCUCCUGGACUCCUAAUUCCUCUUGUCUAUCUGGUUGUAUGUGCAGUAGGUUUAUGGGGAAAUACAUUGGUUAUAUACUUGGCAUGGCGCAGUCCUGCUGGCCAGAACUCAGUAACUGCCCUUUAUAUUCUUAAUCUGGCAAUGGCUGAUGACCUUUUCAUGUUGGGUCUUCCCUUUCUUGCAGCCCAGAAUGCCCUAUCCUACUGGCCCUUUGGUUCACCUGCGUGCCGCAUAGUAAUGACUCUAGAUGCAGUUAACCAGUUUACCAGUAUCUUUUGCCUGACAGUUCUAAGUUUUGAUAGAUAUCUCGCUGUAGUGCGUCCAUUUCAGUCUGUCAAGUGGAGAAAACCUAAGGUGGCAAAAUUUGUCAAUGUGACUGUGUGGAUCGUAUCAUUUCUGGUUGUGCUCCCUGUUGUAUUCUUUUCUGGUGUGCCAGGGGAUACUGGGACUUGUCACAUAGCAUGGCCUGAGCCAGCACACAUAUGGAGAACUGGUUUUAUUCUGUACACUGCUGCCCUUGGCUUCUUUUGCCCCCUACUUGUAAUCUGCAUUUGCCACUUACUGAUAGUGGCCCAAAUACGUUCUUCUGGAAAGCGUGUUAGAGUAGCUCCAAAUCGCAGACAGGGGCCUGAAAGAAAGGUAACCAAGAUGGUGGCUCUAACAGUCACUGCAUUUGUCCUAUGCUGGUUUCCCUUUUAUGCACUGAACAUUAUCAAUCUUUUGUGGCCCCUGCCAGAAAGUCCUAAGCUUUAUGGGCUAUAUUCAUUUGUGGUAGCCCUUUCUUAUGCAAACAGCUGUCUCAAUCCAAUUAUUUAUGCUCUCCUCGCUCGACCUUUCCAGCGAGGCUUGAGAAGAGUCCUUUGCAGGACAUCUGUCCGUGUUGCUCAUGGAACAUUAAAAGGAGGUGAAGAUGAGGUACAUGAAGAAGCUAGCAGGGUUAAUGGUAUAUCUCAAGAAGGGAGAAGUGUCAGAACAGAUGGAGGAGAAGGAAAUAGCAUGAAAGCUAUAAGUCAGAAUCAAGUCCAACAAGAAGUUAGUACAGCUGCACAAAAAUCUCUACCAGAGGAUCUGGGGGCCUGUGAAAAAGAAAGUAUGCUAAGAAUCAGUUACUUGUGACAUAAAGAGAAAAUAUGCUUAUAAGUAUAUUAUGGACCUCUGUGACUCAUCAUGAUGGAAACAUUGACUCUCUACCACUCUUUCUUAAAUGCUACUACUGAUUGUGCUUAUUAUGUGACGACACACCAAACUGGUCCAUGGUUCUCAUAGCUUUGGUAUAUAAAUUAUCUAAGAUAAAUAGAGAACAAUGAAGGAAAUGGAGACUAGUCAACCCUGUGUAAUAAUCUCUUACUACUAAUUGGUUAAUGUUAUUAAGUGAGCUCUGCAGGUCAGAGCCAAAUAACUGCUACCUAAAGUGCUAUGCUGUAACAUUUACAUAUGGAUUAGACACAUGUUUCCAUAAAAAAAAAACUACAACAAUAUGGUUCUGUAUAAUAAUUUUGAUUUCUUUAACAUUUUCAUUUCAAGGUUACAAACUAACAUAUGAAAAGC